AGAAGAAUGGGAGCUGAAGCAAAGUUAUACCUGCAGCGGCACUCUAUUCCACAACUGUUUGAGGGUCUUAUGACUGGACUCGUUUACAAUCGCCCAGAGGAGCCGCUGAGGUUUCUGGAGACGGCAAUCGCUCAAAUUAGAGCUAAUCCAGAGGAAGAACUUGCAUGGGACAUGUUCGUUGACAAGAGAGAGUUCAACACAUUGUGUGGUCCUACUAAAGAAAAAGGCAAGAAAUCUAAGCUAAAAGAGAAGAACAAGGGUAAAGGAACCCCUCUGACGUCUAGCGGAGGAGGGCUAACCUCCAACAUCAACAUGGGACGACUGCAAAGGUCACCAUCCGUGAUGAAGGCGGCCGAAGUUGCGCAAAUCCCUCACGUACCAAUCAUACUCUUCAUGGGUGGACCGGGAGGAGGAAAGACGAGACAUGCAGCUCGUGUCGCGAAUGCACUCUCCGACCAGGGUCUCGUCCACAUUUGCAUGCCCGAUAUCAUUAGGAGUGCUCUCGCAAAGUACAAGGACCAUUAUUCUGAAUGGAAAACGGCGAAUGAACAUUACCUGCGAGGUGAAUUAAUACCCAACCACCUUGCACUGGCGCUUGUAAAAGCUGAGAUGGGACGGCAUCCAAAGGCCAGCGCGUUUUUCCUCGAAGGAUUCCCAAGAGAGGCUCGUCAAGUAGAAGAUUUCGAAAGACAGGUGCAGUCCGUUAAUAUGGCACUUAUUCUUGACUACGACGAGAAGACGCUAAGGGAACAUAUGGAAAAGCGAGGAAUGGGAAUGGAGAUCAUCGACCAACGAAUUAAGGAAUUUAAGCAAAAAACUCUUCCAUCUGCGAAAUACUUCGACGAUCAACGAUUAUUGCAUUUGAUACCUGGAGAAAAGGAUGACCAAACAAUAUUUGAACGAAUGAGAGACUUAGUUCGAAAGGCGAUGAGCACUGGUGUGCCGGUGCUCAACAGUAAUCCGCCAAGUCAAGCACAAACUCGAGUUCCAACUGUGAGACCUUGUACAUACAUGACUGGUUCUGUUAAUUUUCAAACUUCUUCAGGAGGUUUUCAUUCCGCAAAAUGCAUCCUUUUCUUAUGUUCACUUAUUCUUCUUCCAUACACAGCUUCGAGCAGAGAAGGAGUCCCGUCUCUUUCUGGUGAUUCUAUGCCGCAUGGGCUAUCUACGAGCGCACCUAUAAUUUUGAUAAUUGGAGCCCCUGGAGCGCAAAAGUCUGAUAUUGCAAAAAGAACUGCACAGAAAUACAGCGAAUUUGUUCUACUUUCAAUGGGAGCGCUACUCAGAGCUAAAGUCGCCGAAGAGAAUGCAGAUGAACUCUGGCAGAGAAUUGCGCGCAAAAUCGAUCAAGGAGAACCAGUUCCAAUGAAGCUCUGCCGUGAACUUCUUUACAAUGAACUUCGCCAUAUUGGAAAUGCGAGCAGCGGUUACAUUAUAGAAGGGUAUCCCAGGACCGAAGCACAAUUGAUUGACUUGCAAUCCUUCGUAAUAACCGAUUUUACGGUCAAAUGCGGUGUUGUGAUGAUUUUAGAAAACAGCACUGUUUUAGAAGACGAUCCUGAAGUGGUGAAGACGAGGAUGACGUUGUUCAAGCAGAACACCCUACCAAUGCUAAAAGCGUUGGAUGAAAAAGGAAUAUUACGAGUGGUUAGGGUUUCAACGGUAUGCUUCAUCUGUCACGAAUGUGGUAAAAGCACAGAAGGAGAUGGCCAAAUUAAUGUUUCACUUAAACCAAAUUGCUUAAUUAGAAUUAAAAUUAGCAACAAAUCGUCUAGAUUACUAGUAUAUCUCGUCUAG